UAAUAACCCCAUGCUCUCGUACUUACACGCUCACCUAUUAUUUACACAACUUCCUUUUGUAGGAUGUUUUCAUUAUCAUUACUUUACUUUGGCUUGUUUGUCCUUGCCCUCUGCUUCACUGGAAGCGUCUUUGAAGAUCUAUUCCAUUGCAGACUCUUAGGUGAACUCCUCAUCGGUCUCCUCUUUGGCAAUCUCGGGCAACUUCUUCCAGUAGACAAGACUGUCCUUUAUUUGGCAGGCGAACUAGGCGUGCUCGCACUCAUCUUUGAAGCAGGAAUAUGUACACAACUUCACAAGGUGGCUCGUGUCGGUUUGCGUGCAGCCCUGAUUGGAUUGAUCGGUACCAUCAUUCCACUGUUGACAGGAUUUGGCUUCAUUUAUCUUACCCAUCAUCAAUACAGUCAUCAAUUACCAGAUGAAUCCAACAACAGCAGUGGAUCACCGCCAGCAGCAGCCGGUGUUGAUUUGGUCAUUGAAGCCCUUGCAUCAGGAGCAGCAUUAGCGUCUACAUCGAUUGCAAUUGCAGUGACAAUGAUGAAACAGCGUGACAUCCUGGACACCUUUGUAGGCACUUUGAUCACCACCGCAGCCAUGUUGGACGAUGUGAUCAGCUUGAUUCUUUUGGGAAUCAUUUCAGCCCUAGGAGGAGGAAGUGGUGAAAGUGGCAGUAGGGGCAAGAUUCGUCCCAUGACUAUUCUUCAACCUGUUCUGGCGAGUCUUGGAAUUGUUAUCGUCGCCCUAAUUGCAUGUUUUGCUGUAUGGAAACUACAAGGGCAAAAGCGACCAACAUCAUCUAUUGAAGCAGAAAACCCUACUGGUACUGAGAUGCAACAUGUAACACCUUCACAUACAUUAGGACAAACAGUAAACACACCUGAAUGUUCCAGGAGGAAUAGCGCUAGGAAGGACGAUGUAGGCCAAGAAGGCCAAGAGGUUUCCUCUCAGAGUACAACAUCCCAGCACACUUCACCUCAACCCAAUUCAUUAAUAUCGCUUUAUUACCGUCGAUUCUCACCAAUAAUCUUUUUCAGUGCCAUGAUAUUGAUAGGAUUGGGAUACAGUAUCUUGGCUGAAUAUAUUGGGAGCUCCAAAUUUUUGGGUGCAUUCAUGGCAGGGGUCUUCUGUUCCACAUUCCCAAUCCUACGACAGCUUCAUCAUGAAAGAGUUGCCAAUACUGUCCAGCCAGCACUCAAUGCGAUCUUCUUUGCCACCAUUGGGUUUUCGAUUCCAUUGGAAAAGAUCCUGGAGCCUACAUUAUUCGGAUGGGGCGUCCUCUACGCUAUCAUUGCCUCCCUCUCAAAGCUUGCGACGGCUGUUGCUGUGCCAUCGAAUCUUGCAGAUGUCGCUCAACAAGAAUCAGAUGGGACACAAGAAGAAGAACAACAACGGGAAGAACAACUAGACGCACAAGAUCAUCAUCGUCAUCAUCAAAGGAAAAGCAACUCGAUUCAUGAUCGCUGGAUGGUCGGUACAGCCAUGAUAGCACGUGGUGAACUAGGAUUAUUGAUUGCACAACAGGCAAUGCAGCAGGGUGUGAUGGGACAAGCUGUCAUGGUCAUCAGCACCUGGUCCAUCGUCCUAUGCACAUUAGUAGGCAUAGCUGCUCUAGGCUUCAUUAUGAAUAAGGUCUGAUUAUGAGUUUACAAUUGGAAUGGUG